AUGUCAGUACCAAAAGCGGUAAUCCCGAGCUACACUCGGGCUUACCAUGCGGCGCUGCAUAGGGAGUCCCUGCAGCACCCACCUUGUCCUGCGCUCCCGCGAUGUGUCCCCUGCAGCGUCCCCGGCCAUCUCCUCCGGCUGAUGCCGGCAUCCGGCUCCUGUGACGUCGGGACGUACGGCACCGGCAGUGGGAAAUUUGAAAAUGUUAAAAAAAUGUCAUUUUUUUCAAAACGAUUUUACAUAUGCUCUGUCCUGUCUCCUGUCUGCAUUUUGUCUGUUCUUUCU